AAUCAUAUUCGUUUUUCUAUUAUACCUUAUUGAAUAAGAACAAUGAAAGUAUUUCUAUUAUUGAAUAUUAUUCUUACUGUUACUAUUGCACAACAAUUGAAUAGUCAAUAUGAUGAGAUAUGGAAACUAUGGAAAUUCAAAUAUAAUAAAACUUAUUCAAUUAAUGAUGAAAUAAAAAGAAAAUUAAUCUUUAUGAACUAUGUGACAAAAAUUCAUCAACAUAAUCUACGUUAUGAUUUAGGUUUAGAAAGUUAUACCAUGGGUUUAAAUCAAUUUUGUGAUAUGAAUUGGAAUGAAUUAAAAACCAUCUUAUUUCCUCAUAGAUUUAUCAAUAAUCAUCCAUUAUUAUGGAAUGAUAAUAAUGAAGAAUUAACAUUAUUAUCUCAUAUAUCAUAUAUCCCAUUAAAAUGGGAUUGGCGUGAUUAUGGAUUAGUGACACCAGUUAAAGAUCAAGGUAUGUGUGGAUCAUGUUGGGCAUUUUCAACAACUGGAUCAAUUGAAGGUCAAUUUGCGAAAAUAUAUAAAAAAUCAAUAAGUUUAUCUGAACAACAAUUAAUUGAUUGUAGUUAUUUAUAUGGUAAUCAUGGUUGUCAUGGUGGUACAAUGGAUCAAUCAUUUAAUUAUUUAAAAAAAUAUCCAAUUGAAUCUGAAUUUGAUUAUCCAUAUAAAGGUGUAAAAUCAUCAUGUCAUUUUCAUUUAUCAAAAGGGAUUAUAAAAAUAAAAAAAUUUAUUGAUUUACCAACAAAAAAUGAAAAAAUAUUACAAAAAGCAGUUUAUCACUAUGGACCAAUAUCAGUUGCUAUAGAUGCAUCAUUUGAUUUUGUAUUAUAUAAAAGUGGAAUAUAUGAAUCAAAAUAUUGUUCAUCAUCUUUACUCAAUCAUGCUGUAUUAGUUAUUGGUUAUGGUACAGAACAUAAUAAAGAUUAUUGGCUUAUUAAAAAUAGUUGGAGUGAUAAAUGGGGAAUGAAUGGAUAUAUUAAAUUAAGGAGGAAUAAACAUAAUAUGUGUGGUAUUGCAACAAAUGCCAGUUUCCCAAUAUUGUAAUCUAUGUAUUACAUUAUUAUUUUAAAUAAAAAUAAACAUUCAUUAUGUUUCA